AAUCGCGAUGUCGCAGAUUGUGACAUCCGAUUCGAAGGCUACCCUCCGGGAGGUCAAAAGGGUGCAGUUCGGAAUCCUGAGCCCCGAUGAAAUUCGCCGCAUGUCGGUGACGGAUGGGGGCAUCAAGUACCCCGAGAUCUACGAGGGUGGUCGACCCAAGCUGGGGGGUCUCAUGGACCCCCGCCAGGGGGUCAUUGAUCGGACCUCCCGCUGCCAGACCUGUGCAGGCAGCAUGACUGAGUGCCCGGGUCACUUUGGCCACAUUGAGCUGGCCAAGCCAGUCUUCCACUGCGGCUUCCUCACAAAGACCAUCAAGAUCCUACGCUGCGUCUGCUUCUACUGCUCCAAGCUGCUCGUCAGCCCCAAUAACCCCAAGAUCAAGGAGAUUGUGGCCAAGACGAGAGGCCAGCCCAGAAAGCAGCUGUCGUUUGUGUACGACCUCUGCAAGGGCAAGAACAUCUGCGAAGGUGGCGACGAGAUCGACACCAAGAUGGGGGUGGAGAACCAGGGUGCCGAGGAGGCUGCCAAGAAGCAGGGCCACGGGGGCUGCGGGCGCUACCAGCCGAGCAUCCGGCGUAGCGGCCUGGACCUGACGGCAGAGUGGAAACACGUCAAUGAGGACUCGCAGGAGAAGAAGGUGGUGCUGACGGCGGAGCGGGUGUGGGAGAUCUUCCGCCAGGUGUCGGAGGAGGAGUGCCAGAUCCUGGGCAUGGACCCCCGCUUCACCAAGCCCGACUGGAUGCUCAUCACCGUACUGCCCGUGCCCCCACUGGCCGUCCGGCCCGCCGUCGUCAUGUUCGGCUCUGCUCGCAACCAGGACGACUUGACCCACAAACUGGCCGACAUAGUCAAAGCCAACAACGAGCUGAUUCGCAACGAGCAGAGCGGUGCGGCGGCCCACAUCAUUGCCGAGACGCUCAAGAUGCUCCAGUUCCACGUGGCCACGCUGGUCGACAACGAGAUGCCGGGACUGCCCAGGGCGAUGCAAAAGUCUGGCCGUCCGCUCAAGUCGAUCAAGCAGCGGCUGAAGAGCAAAGAGGGUCGCAUUCGAGGCAACCUCAUGGGAAAGCGUGUGGAUUUCUCCGCCCGGACGGUCAUCACGCCAGACCCCAACCUGCGCAUUGACGAGGUCGGCGUGCCCCGCUCUAUCGCCCAGAACCUCACCUUCCCCGAGAUCGUCACCCCAUUUAACAUGGACAAGAUGCACGAGCUUGUGCGGAGGGGCAACAACCAGUACCCCGGUGCCAAGUACAUCAUCCGCGACAACGGCGAGAGGAUUGAUCUCCGGUUCCACCCCAAGGCCAGCGACCUCCACCUGCAGUGCGGGUACAGGGUGGAGCGUCACGUGAGGAACGGGGACAUCAUUGUGUUCAACCGUCAGCCGACACUACACAAAAUGUCCAUGAUGGGACACAGGAUCAAGGUGCUGCCCUGGUCUACCUUCAGGAUGAACCUUAGCGUGACGACGCCAUACAACGCGGACUUUGACGGAGACGAGAUGAACCUGCACGUGCCGCAGUCGCUGGAGACGCGGGCUGAGGUGGAACAGCUGGCCAUGGUGCCCCGGCAGAUCAUCACUCCGCAGUCAAACAAGCCAGUCAUGGGCAUUGUACAGGACACCCUCACGGCCGUCCGCAAGAUGACCAAGAGGGACAUCUUCCUCGAGAAGGACCAGAUGAUGACGAUCCUGAUGUUCCUGCCCAUCUGGGACGGGAAGAUGCCCAUGCCGGCCAUCCUGAAGCCCAAGCCCCUGUGGACGGGCAAGCAGAUCUUCUCGCUGAUCAUCCCGGGCAACGUGAACCUUAUCCGCACCCACAGCACCCACCCGGACGAGGAGGACGACGGGCCCUACAAGUGGAUCUCCCCAGGGGACACCAAGGUGCUGAUUGAGCACGGGGAGCUGAUCAGCGGCAUUGUGUGCAAGAAGACUGUGGGGGCCUCAUCAGGCUCCUUGAUGCACGUGGUGUUCAACGAGCUGGGCCACCAGGUGGCGGGCCUCUUCUACGGCCACAUCCAGACGGUGGUCAACGCCUGGCUGCUGCUGGAGGGCCACACUAUCGGCAUCGGGGACACCAUCGCCGACAAGCAGACCUUCAUCGACAUCAAGAACACCAUCGAGAAGGCCAAGCACGACGUGAUAGACGUCAUCGAGAAGGCCCACAACGACGAGCUGGAGCCCUCUCCCGGAAACACCCUGCGACAGACCUUCGAGAACCAGGUCAACCGCAUCCUCAACGACGCUCGUGACAAGACUGGAGCCAGUGCCCAGAAAUCCCUUUCGGAGUUCAACAACUUCAAGGCCAUGGUGGUGUCUGGAGCCAAGGGCUCCAAGAUUAACAUCUCACAGGUCAUUGCCUGUGUGGGCCAGCAGAACGUGGAGGGCAAGCGCAUCCCGUUUGGGUUCCGCAAGCGCACCCUGCCCCACUUCAUCAAGGACGACUACGGCCCCGAGAGCAGGGGCUUCGUGGAGAACUCCUACCUGGCCGGGCUGACCCCUUCCGAGUUCUUCUUCCACGCCAUGGGAGGGAGAGAGGGUCUCAUUGACACGGCCGUCAAGACUGCCGAGACAGGCUACAUCCAGCGGCGUCUGAUCAAGGCCAUGGAGAGUGUGAUGAUAGCCUACGACGGCACGGUGCGCAACAGCAACAGCCAGGUGAUCCAGCUGCGGUACGGUGAGGACGGGCUGGACGGGGUGGCGGUGGAGUUCCAGAGCAUGCCCACGCUCAAGCCCUCCAACAAGUCCUUCGAGAAGAAGUUCCGCUUCGACGCCUGCAACGAGAGGUACCUGAGGAAAGUGUUCACCGAGGACGUGGUGCGUGAACUCAUGGGCAGCGCCACGGCCGUCUCGGAACUCGAGAAGGAGUGGGAGCGCCUCAAGAGGGACCGCGAGGCCCUCCGAACCAUCUUCCCCACCGGAGACAGCAAGGUUGUGCUGCCCUGCAACCUGCAGCGAAUGCUUUGGAACGCCCAGAAGAUUUUCAGGGUGAACCUGCGCUCCCCGACGGACCUGAGCCCGCUGCGAGUGGUCCAAGGGGUGGAGGAGCUGGUGAAGAAACUGGUGAUAGUGCCGGGGGAGGACCACCUGAGCAUCCAGGCGAACGAGAACGCCACCCUGCUGUUCCGCUCUCUCCUGCGAGCCACACUGUGCUCCAAGCGGGUGGCCGAGGAGUUCCGCCUAUCCACCGAGUCCUUCGAGUGGCUGCUUGGAGAGAUAGAGACGCGCUUCCACCAGUCGCAGGGCCAGCCCGGAGAGAUGGUGGGGGCCCUGGCAGCCCAGUCUCUGGGAGAACCUGCCACCCAGAUGACGCUGAACACCUUCCACUACGCCGGCGUGUCGGCCAAGAACGUGACGUUGGGUGUGCCCCGUCUCAAGGAGAUCAUCAACAUCUCCAAGAAGCCCAAGACCCCUUCCCUCACCGUGUUCCUCACGGGAGCAGCCGCCCGCGAUGCCGAGAAGGCCAAGGACGUGCUGUGUCGUCUGGAGCAUACCACGCUGCGCAAGGUGACGGCCAACACGGCCAUCUACUACGACCCGGACCCGCAGAACACUGUGAUAGCGGAGGACCAGGAGUUUGUGAACGUGUACUACGAGAUGCCGGACUUCGACCCGACCCGCAUCUCCACGUGGCUUCUGAGGGUGGAGCUGGACCGGAAGCGCAUGACGGACAAGAAGCUCACCAUGGAGCAGAUCGCCGAGAAGAUCAACGCGGGCUUCGGCGACGACCUCAACUGCAUCUUCAACGAUGACAAUGCCGAGAAGCUGGUGCUGCGUAUCCGCAUCAUGAACAACGACGGCAGCAAGUACCAGGAUGAAGAAGAGCAAGUGGACAAGAUGGAGGAUGAUGUGUUCCUCCGUUGCAUUGAAGCCAACAUGCUCAGUGACAUGACACUGCAAGGCAUCGAAGCCAUCACAAAGGUGUACAUGCACCUGCCCACAACAGACAACAAGAAGAGGAUAGUGCUGACGGAGACCGGCGAGUUCAAGGCCAUUGCCGAGUGGCUUCUGGAAACGGACGGCACGAGCCUGAUGCGGGUGUUGAGCGAACGGGACGUUGACCCCGUCCGCACCUACUCCAACGACAUCUGCGAGAUAUUUGCGGUGCUGGGCAUCGAGGCCGUCCGUAAGGCGGUGGAGAAGGAGAUGAACCACGUCAUCAGUUUCGACGGCUCCUACGUCAACUACCGCCACCUGGCCCUCCUGUGUGACGUUAUGACGGCCAAGGGUCACCUGAUGGCCAUCACACGUCACGGCAUCAACCGGCAAGACACUGGGGCCCUCAUGCGCUGCUCCUUCGAAGAGACGGUGGAUGUGCUGCUAGAUGCGGCAUCGCACGCUGAGGUGGACUAUCUGAAGGGUGUGUCGGAGAACAUCAUCAUGGGCCAGCUGGCCCGCAUGGGCACGGGUUGCUUCGACCUGAUGCUGGAUGCCGAGAAGUGCAAGUACGGCAUCGAGAUUCCCAUGAACCUGCCUGGCAUGAUGGGCCCCCUGGGAGGCCCCGGAGUGUUCUUUGGCAGCGCGGCCACGCCCUUGGCCGGCAUGUCCCCCCAGAUGACCCCAUGGGGUCAGGGAGCGACUCCGUCCUACGGCAGUGGCUGGUCCCCUGGACUGGGCAGCGGCAUGACUCCAGGCGCUGCCGGGUUCUCUCCGUCUGCCGCCAGCGACGCAAGUGGUUACAGUCCGGCCAGUGCCGGCCUCAGCCCGGGCUGGUCUCCACAGCCGGGAUCUCCGGCUUCUUCCCCGGCUUCCCCUUACAUCCCGAGCCCGGUGUCGCCGAACUACUCCCCGUCUUCGCCGGCGUACGCCCCUUCGUCUCCCUCCAUGACUCCGGCCUCCCCGACCUAUUCCCCCACCUCUCCGUCAUACUCUCCGACUUCUCCCUCUUACUCCCCAACUUCCCCCAACUAUUCGCCGACAUCGCCGAGCUACUCCCCCACCUCGCCGUCUUACUCCCCCACGAGUCCGAGCUACUCUCCAACCAGCCCGAGUUACUCGCCGACGUCUCCGUCCUAUUCUCCCACCUCUCCUUCGUACUCUCCCACGAGUCCGAGCUACUCCCCAACUUCCCCAUCUUACUCCCCGACAAGUCCGAGUUACUCUCCGACCUCGCCGUCCUACUCUCCCACGAGUCCCUCGUACUCCCCUACCAGCCCCAGUUACUCUCCCAGCUCCCCGAACUACACUCCUGCCUCCCCAUCUUACUCGCCGACUUCCCCGUCCUAUUCUCCGACUUCCCCAUCCUACUCUCCGACCUCUCCUUCUUACUCCCCGACCAGCCCUUCCUAUUCUCCGAGUUCUCCAAAUUACUCCCCCCAGAGUCCCAGUUACUCGCCGGGGAGUCCGAGCUACUCUCCAAGCAGCCCCAAGUAUUCCCCGACAUCCCCUUCCUACUCCCCAACGAGCCCGAGUUACUCUCCGGGGUCUCCCCAGUACACCCCAUCUUCCCCCAAGUACUCGCCGACCUCCCCGACCUACUCCCCAACUUCGCCGUCCUACUCCCCGUCGAGCCCGAAGUUCACCCACGAGCCCCAAGUACUCCCCGACGAGCCCAACUUACACCCCCUCGUCACCGAAGUACAGUCCAACGUCGCCGCAGUACAGCCCGACAUCACCCCAGUACAGCCCUACAUCUCCGAAGUAUUCGCCGACAUCCCCGAAGUACUCCCCCACGUCACCAACAUACUCCCCAACAUCGCCGAAGUAUUCCCCUACAUCGCCUACUUACUCCCCGACAAGUCCCAAGGGGUCCAGUUACUCCCCGACCAGUCCGGGGUACUCCCCAUCUUCGCCGACCUACAGCCCAACCAGUCCCAACAUCGAGGAAGAUAGCGAUAAUGACGACUGAGGGCUUGCAUAUCCGAUUGUUUGUUUUGUUUGUACAUAAAAAAAUAUAUUGAUGCUGCUUUGCUUUUGGUGCUUGGCAAAAAAAGCGUUGUCUGAGUGAGGUUGGUUUGGUAGCACAUGAUGUAAAAAAAAAAAAUAAAAAAAGGGGAACAACAGUGAGUUUAGCUUGGCACAGGAACACUAUGCGAGCUUUUCUUUUAGUGUGUACUUUGGGCAUAUUUUGAAUAAAGAAUCGAAAGAAA